AUGGCAGCGCCACAUAUACCAAACCUCAACACACUACGUAAUGCGCGAGGAACAAGUCGUGGCCGAGGCCGUGGUCAAGGAUCGGGAGGCCCAUCUAUUACAAGCUAUGAGGAGGACAAAAUCGCCAAAGACAAGAUCGUGCAGCAGACUGAUCAGGACGCCAGUGUCUCCAGACUGAGCGCCGUUGAGGCUGGAUACCUGGAUGAUCCAUUUGCCAAGUACUUUGUGUCGGGAGAAGGGCAAAGGAGACUCCCAAUCAUCAACAGGGGUACCUACGUUCGUACUAAAGCCAUCGACAACUUGGUGGACGAGUUCCUCUCCAAGAAUCCGGCUCAAAGGAAGCAAAUCAUAUCCCUUGGUGCUGGAUCUGAUACACGUUUCUUCCGCUUGAUGAGUCGAAGACCUGUUCCCCACGGCAGAGGCAUUCAAGAAUGUCCAAAUGUCAUAUACCAUGAAAUCGACUUCCAAGCGAAUACAAUUCAAAAGCUUCAUCCCAUCAGAAAGCUUAGUGAGCUUUGCAGUCAUGUUGGGGCCCCUAUGACCAUUUCUCACAGCACGAACCCCUCAGAGGUUUACAAUGACGAUACUCUUCACGCAGACCAGUAUCACGUUCAUCCUGUUGAUCUUCGAAACCUCGGCCCUUCUCGCCCCGCUCCCCGUUCUUUUGACUUCAUUGAUAUUGCUCUACCCACUCUCAUCAUUUCAGAAUGCUGUCUUUGCUACCUUCCUCCAGCUGCGGCAGAUACUGUCGCGCUGUACUUCACACGGCAUCUGUUUCCUGACAGCACGCCUGUUGGAUUGAUACUCUACGAGCCGAUACACCCAAACGAUCCCUUCGGUAAAACCAUGGUCUCAAAUCUAGCCGCGCGCGGCAUCGUCUUACAGACGCUGAAAAGAUAUGGAUCCUUGGAAGCGCAAGCAGCCAGAAUGAAGUCAUAUGGACUGGAGGGUACUGGAGGGGCGAGCGUUAAGAACCUUUGGGACAAGGGCGUGGAAGGAAACGAGAAGGAGCGAGUGGCAGGCUUGGAGAUGGUGGACGAGGUUGAGGAAUGGGAGCUGCUGGCCGGACACUACUGCGUUGCUUGGGGCUGGAGGGGGGGCCCAGAGGAUGGCGUAUGGGAUGGCUGGCAGAGUAUGGCGGAACAAUUGGGUGGGAAUUGA